AUGUCAUAAAUAGAAGAAACCUUAAAGAAAUACCCCAAAUAUAUGCCAACCUUGGUGAGAUACGAGGAGCCAAUUGAAAUAAACGAAGAUGAGAUGCAACUUGAAAUGCAAGAGCAAGUGUUAAAUUAAAAAAAAAAAUAAUAACUGUAACCUUUGGAUCAAAAAUGGUCCAUUGAUGAAAUUUUGAAUAAAUUCUUCCCUCCCAGACGAUUUGAACAUGAAGCACACUUCUUCAAAUAGGUGGUCAGUGUCAAUGAUGUCAAGAGAGAUGAAUUGAAUCAAUUGGAAGCAGAAUUAGAUUAGAGACUGAUCGAGAGAUAGGCUCGUAAGAGUGGCAUAUGUCCAGUGAGAGAGGACUUACAUAGUUAAUUAUUUGAAGAGAUCAUUAGACAGAGUGCAAUCAAUUGUCCAGAGAGAGGACUCCUCUUGAUGAGAGUGUAUGAUAAUUUGAAGUUAACUUUUGCAGCAUAUCAAACACUCUAUGCUGGAUCAGUUGUAUUUGGAAAUAGGAAGGCAGCGGAAUCUGAAAUUGGCAAGAGUGAGCAGGAUUCAAAAAUAGCUGAUUAUGACAAAAAGAAGAUCUAUUUGGAAAACUAAAAAAUCUUAUUGGAGAAUGAACUCGAUGCCAUAUAGAGAAGUUUUAAGGAGAUCCGAGAAUUGGAAGAGAAAAGAAUGGAAUCUGAGAUGCAAUUUUUGAAGUAACAAACUAAGCAUUUAGAGCAUUUUUUGAAAUAAGUGCAAUAGAAUUAAUAAUGAUUUAUUUAGAAUAUCAAUAUGAAUACAAUUUAUAUGUCAAAGUAUA